CGAAUCCUCCCUCUACACAUUCGAGUCCUGCGAAAUCGGUCGCCAUCCGUUCACGAACCUCCGAUUCCCCGUCCGCAAGGACCCAUUCCGCCCGCCAUGUCGACCACCGACGGCAGCAGUAGUGGAAAUGCUGGCACCAGUUCAGACGACAACCCGAACCUGCCCUUCCGGGCAGGCGAUCAGGCCUACAUCAUCGUCUCGUCCGCCAUGGUGUUGCUCAUGGUGCCCGGCAUCGCCUUUCUCUAUUCCGGCCUCGCGCGGAGGAAAUCGGCCCUCUCUCUGAUUUGGGUCACCAUGAUGUCCUUCAGCGUCAUCGUCUUCCAGUGGUAUUUCUGGGGGUACUCGCUCGCGCUCAGCAGCUCGGCCACCAACGGGUUCAUCGGGAAUCUGGACAAGUUCGGGCUGCGCAACACGCUUGGCGAGCCGUCGCCGGGGUCGCCGCUGAUUCCUGAACUGCUGUACUCGUUCUAUCAGUUGCAAUUCUGCGCCGUCACCGCCGCCCUGGUCAUCGGAGCGACCGCCGAGCGCGGCCGUGUCGUACCUGCCAUGGUCUUCACCUUUUUCUGGGCGACGCUGGUCUACUGCCCCGUGGCGUACUGGGCCUGGGGCGCCAACGGCUGGGCCUUCAAGUACGGCGUGCUCGACUAUGCCGGCGGCGGCCCCGUCGAGAUCGGGUCCGGCGCCUCCGCGCUGGCGUAUUCGUGGGUCCUCGGCCGCCGCAAUGAGAAGAUGAUGCUCAACUUCCGGCCGCACAACAUCUCGCUCAUCACCCUCGGCACGAUUCUGCUGUGGUUCGGCUGGCUGGGCUUCAACGGAGGCUCGGCGUUUGGGGCCAAUCUCCGCGCCACGAUGGCGUGCUGGAACAGCUGCUUGACGGCCAUGUUUGCGGCCAUGACGUGGUGCCUGCUCGAUUUCCGUCUCGCGAGGAAGUGGUCGUUGGUCGGCUGGUGCUCGGGCACGAUUUCUGGGCUCGUGGCGGCCACUCCGGCCUCGGGAAUCAUCACGCCCUGGGCGAGCAUCAUCCUCGGCGUGGUGGCGGGCGUCGCCUGCAACUUCGGCACCAAGAUCAAGUUCAUCAUCGGCAUUGACGACGCCCUCGACGUGUUUGCGGAGCAUGCCAUCGGCGGCAUGGUCGGACUCGUCUUUAACGGCUUCUUUGCGGCCGACUACAUCAUCAGCCUCGACGGCGUGAACACGUCUAUCACGGGCGGCUUCCUCAACCACAAUUACCGCCAAUUGUACGUGCAAAUCGCCUAUCUAGUGGCGGCGACGGCGUACACGUUCGUCAUGUCGGCCAUCAUCGCCAAGGCCGUCGACCUGGUUCCGGGCCUGCACCUGCGGGCCUCGUCUGAGGCGGAGCUGCUUGGCAUGGACGACGACCAGCACGGCGAGUUUGCGUACGACUACGUCGAGGUCCGCCGUGACUACCUCGCGUGGACGCCCGCCGAGAAAGAUCCCAAGGAAGACGGCGUGGUGGUGAUCCCGCAGCACGGCAUUGCGGGACACCAGGACCUGGUCGAUAACGUACGACUCCGGGGUCCGAGCAGCUCCAAGGCGGAGAGUAGCGCCCCGGCCACGCCACCGCCGGAGCGUGAACCGGAACCACCGAAAGCGACAUUGCCGGUAGUGGAGGAGAAGGCCGCUGGGUCUGCGCAAUAAGAGAUAGACUGUUUUGAUAUUGCAUGCUUGGUUGGGUCGGGUUUAGCGUU